AUGCCUCCGUCCGUCCUGGCGAUGGUCAGCGGCCAGGCGCUCCCGGCCUUCCUGCUGUGCGGCACGCUGCUCGUCCUCAAGAUGUACGUGCUGGCGGUCAUCACCGGCCAAGUGCGGCUGCGGAAGAAGGCUUUCGCCAACCCCGAGGACGCCCUGAGGCACGGAGGCCUCCAGUACUGCCGGAGCGACCCGGACGUGGACCGCUGCCUCAGAGCCCACCGCAACGACAUGGAGAACAUCUACCCCUUCCUGUUCCUGGGCUUUGUCUACUCCUUCCUGGAGCCCAACCCUUUCGUGGCCUGGAUCCACUUCCUCCUCGUCUUCCUGGGCCGCAUGGUGCACACCGUGGCCUACCUGGGGAAGCUGCGGGCGCCCACCCGGUCCCUGGCCUACACGGUGGCCCAGCUCCCCUGCGUCUCCAUGGCCCUGCAGAUCGUCUGGGAAGCAGCCCGCCACCUGUGA